UCUUAUCUUUUAGCCAUGCCAAGAACGAGCAAGGGUCGCCAAAAGGUGGAGAUGGUGAAAAUGAAUAAUGAAAGCAAUCUCCAGGUGACCUUCUCGAAACGCCGCUCUGGCCUCUUCAAAAAGGCCAGCGAACUUUGCACUCUCUGCGGUGCUGAAGUCGCCCUGGUGGUCUUCUCCCCCGGCAAAAAGGUCUUCUCUUUUGGCCACCCUUGUGUUGAGACGGUCAUCGACCGUUAUCUCACCCAAUCCACCCCUCCGGUCUCCGGCACCCAUCAACUCAUUGAGGCUCACCGCAACGCCACCGUUCGCGAGCUCAACAUGCAACUCACCCAGGUGAUGAGCGAGUUGGAGGCGGAGAAGAAGCGUGGUGAAGAGCUGAAUCAGAUACGGAAGGCGACUCAGGCGCAGUGCUGGUGGGCGAAUCCGGUGAAUGAGCUAAGUAUGCCGCAGCUUCAGCAGUUGAAGGCGGCGAUGGAGGACCUGAAGAAGAAAGUGGCAAAGCAAGCAGAGAAGGUCAUGCUUCAGAACUCUAUGCCUCCUCAGUUUCUCGGAGGAGCCAGUUCCUCCAAUGCUGCACCAGCCUUCAAUAAUAUUCCAUAUGAUCUCCAGCCAAAGAACAACACCAUCCCCUCCGCUGCCGGCUUCAAUCCCAACAUGAUGCAGCUUCCUGCAUUCAAUAACAAUCCAGGAUUCAAUAGCAAUCCAGGAUUCAAUAACAAUCCAGGAUUCAAUAGCAAUCCUGGAUUCAAUAAUAAUCCAGGAUUCAAUAAUAAUCCAGGGUUCAAUAAUAAUCCAGGUUUUAAUAAUCCAGGAUUUGGACAUGGAUUUUACUGAAAUCUUUGAUGGUUUAGGGUUUUGAACACAGUUUCUGCCAGAACACAGAUUUUGCUUUAUGUUUUCAUGCUCCUAUCUGUAUCAUGCCUGCCCACAGACACAGUAAUAAUACAAUGGAUUUUAUUUA